AUGCCCUCAACGACGAAGGAGUACAAGUCUACCGACGGCACGCCGCUCGUGCGUCUCGAAUUUGAUGAGGCGAAGCGUAUCUGGGUCCUUGUUAUGCUGGGCAAGGAGACGCCGGACAACCGCAUGAGCCAUGUCUUGAUCAAGCAGGGCAUUCUUCCUGCGCUGCGUGAUGUGCGGCAGCAGUGGAAGGACUGGGUCGCCUCGGAGGACACGGGAAAGGGCGCCGCGCUAGUGACCACUGCCGAAGUGUCCAACAAGAUCUUCUCGAAUGGUCUUGAUCUGUUCAAUGCCAUUGCCGACCCGUACUUCUUCAACGAAUACCUCAAUGCCAUGUACUACGAACUGCUCACCUUCCCGAUCCCUACCGUCGCCGCCGUUGGCGGCCAUGCGUUUGCGGCUGGGUCAUGCUUGGCUUUUGCGCACGACUACCGCGUGAUGAAUGCCAAGCGUGGCUACAUUUGCCUGAACGAAAUUGAGUUUGGCGCCAAGAUCCCGCGCGGCAUGUACGGUGCCAUCAAGUCGGUCAUUUCGUCCAAGAUCCUCCAGCGUAAGUUGAUCUUGGAAGGCCACCGCUUCAGCGGGAAGGAGGCCCUCGACUUCGGUAUGGUCGAUGCCGUGGCGGACGGUGCGGAAGCCACGCUUGAGGCGGCCAUUGCCAUGGCAGACAACCUCCGCUCGCGUUCGAUUAAGAACGCAUGGCAAAUGAACAAGGAGCUUAUUUACGACGACAUGCUCUCGAUGCAGUUCGAGCCGAUGCAUCUGACCGUGAAGUUGUAG